CACGAGCUUUGAGCGCGUUCCUGCUAAAUGGACUGGCACCAACGUUGACAAAAGAACUCUGUGUUGAGUUUUGUGCUAUACAGUUAAUCGCAUUAGGCGAAGAUCAAAAAGCGACCGUACGGAAGGCCGUUCUCGCAAACAUGAAAGACGUGGCACACUGUGCAGGAGAGAAAUUUUGUACUUCUACUACUAGAAAAAUUUUAUACCGCAACUUGCUCACGGUCGUACUUCAUCAUUAUGCGUGUAGUUCUAUGGCUCUAGAAGUUGUAGGAUUACUACAUUUGUCGCAAAACGACCUAAAUCAAACAUGAUUCACAUUAAGAUUCUUUCUCAAAAUUCUUCAACUUUAGUUCUCAAAAAUAAAUAUUUGUUCUUAGGUGGAAGUCGUCUAUUCGAGACCUUUGAACGGUUAUGCGAAGACGUAAAUUACACGGUGCGCAAGUGUGGGAGUGAGCAGUUGCCGUUGAUGAUCGAGACCUCUAGGAAGUUUCCGGAAUGCGUCUCAAUAGCAGAACGGCUUUACAAUGACAAUAACCGGUGGGUCCACCUUGCACUAUGCCAAAAUAUCGGAUAUAUCUUGGUACUUGUUGAUUGCUCCUAGUGUCAUGUUUGAUUGCUCCUAGUGUCAUGUUUAUUUUGCCGUCUGUAGUCGUACUGGUUGUAAGUAGUUGUUUGCAUCUUCUUUUCUAGGUGGAACUACGACCGUGAGCAUCUUGACAACAUGGUAGUUGUACCUACUGUCAACAAUCUUCUCGUUCUCUCAAAUGAUCAGUUCGCCUUGCAGAAAUUUGGUGGUGCAGAGGCGGUUCAUAGUGCAGAUACACUAAUUGGGUACUAUUUCAAGAUAUUGCAAGAGCUGAAAGACUCCGAUAACAAUAGCGAACGAUCCGUCUACAACGAAGUUCGAUACCAUCUGGGCUUCACCUUUUCUGCGGUGUUUAUGAACCACCUGAUGAGUAGUUUACGUAUUCGAAAACUCAAAAUAACCGAGUUACUGAAAGACUGAAAUUAUAAGGGAGGUUGUAGCUUAUAACAUCAAGGCUACUCUUUUAUUUAUUUAUUUUUCUCCGGUCGUGGUCCUCAUGAAUGGUUCUGGUAUUUGGUAACCUGAUUUUGAUCAUAAGGAAAACAAGAAGAGAAUCCUUGUGAUCAAAUUCAGGUUAUCAAAUAUCAGAACCAUUCAGGUCAUCCAUUGCAGCAAGUGAGUACCAAACUCCAAGAAACUGUCUUCUAGCACAGCUGCUGCGCUCAAAAACUUUCCCCGCCUGCUCCUCCCUCUUCAUAUCCAUAGAAGCUAUUCUGCCGCUAAAGCUGGAACGGUUCAACGAUUUCCGAAAUUUCUUCUUCUCUUUGUGCGAAUCCAAGGAAUUGAGGACCCGACAGGCCGUUGCGUGUAGUUUGUGGAAAAUCGGAGCCACAUUUCUCUGGUGCUUGCAAGAUGCAAGGAAAGGAGAUGAGGUGAAAGGGAAGGUAGGAGACGUUUGUGGCAACGAGCAGGCAGGAAAAACUUCUACGACUGGCAAAGGUGACGAAAGUGGUAGAAGAGCAGCCGAUAUUAAAGAGGUACUACUAGCUGGAGGCAGUAGCGUCGAACAAGUGGAAGAACAGACUGCCGAUACGAGUGAGGCCCCAGAUUUGAUCAACAACAACAAUAACAAUCUUGCCCAGGCAGCAGAGCAGCAAGUGCCAACUUUGCUUCGCAUCGACCAGAAAACAGCAAAUAAAUCUUUAACGUCGAUGAAAAACCUUCAGAGAAACAAGAAGAGUACCUCUUCGUCAAAUUCUCCGAGCAGAACUAGUGCUCGUGAACAAGGAGGUUCAGCAUCAAAAUCUUCAGAAGACCAAGACAACCCUCUCCACCAAGAGCCAGAGGAAGUCAAAAAUCUGAGACAGAAGCUCCUACAGCAAUUUCAUACCUUUACGCAGGAUCGGGAUGAUAUCAAAUUAGGACUAGCGAAGAAUGUCGGGAAUUUCGAAGCGAAUCCAAAAUAUUUGCAAUCCCUGUCGCAAAUGAUGUCCUUGACAGACAAUUGGCGUCUACGACACUCAAUCGCGACAAUAAGUCUUCCGGCAUUGUGUAUCUUCAUAAAAUAAAAUUUCAAAUUGUUUGGCUUGUUGUUGAUGUGGUGCUUUCCUUCCUUAUCCUUCUCUUUUAUUCCAAAAAUUUGCGAGAGUGUUGAUUUUAUUUCACUUGCUUAUAUAUAUUCGAAAACUCAAAAUAACCGAGUUACUGACUGAAAUAAGGGAGGCAGCUUAACACCAAGGCUACUCUUCCUUCUCAUCAGUAUCUCGGUCAUUCUGAUCAGUUCCUUGCUUAUUUCAGUUUUUCGAAGUUUCACUUUCACGAGUACAAGUAACAACUCGUCUACUUGAUAAGUUACACGAGUACAAGUUAACGAGGACCAUUACCAUUUAAGGUGCGAUGAUGGACUCGUGUACUGAAUAAGUAACUGGAGCUACUCUCUCCUAUAAAUUGCAUCCCACCAGGUGAGAAAUACCUACUCUCCCCUAUAAAUUGCAUCCCACCAGGUGAGAAAUACUUCGAGGAUCCAAAUACGGUGUUUUACUACCUGCUUCCGACAUAUUUGAAACUACUCCACGACGGUGUGGCUUUGGUAAGGAAUAAGGCUGCGGCGGUUUCGAACCUAGUCCUAAAGGCGUGCUGCAUCGAGGCUAGAAAGGGUGAUCGAUCGUCUCCACAUUCUGGGUCACGGUAUUUAAGGGACUUGUUGUUGAGGAGUAGCCUGUACUUCUACCCAGGAGUAGGAUUUUCCUUUCCCCAGGAGUAGGAUUUCCCUUUCCCCAGGAGUAGGAUUUCCCUUUCCCAUCCGAUGUCCUCCGUCAUGAAUACAAUACUUGAGUUUUUCUUGUACGCUUCAUUCUCUUGUUGUACUCACUUCCACGACUAGUUCCUCCUUCUUGUGAUGGAAGUACUAACGCUGGAAAAUCCUAGUCCAUGCCGUCAUGAUCUCAAAUCAUUGGGUAAACUACUUUUAGCGCCAGCAGUCAUGACAACUUCAUGACAGCUUCAACAUAGCGCAUUACAUUAAUUCUACCUCCUCUAAACUUCGCUUUGGUCAGUCCACUGGUAUCGCCAUCAGGGUCGAAGAAUACGAAUAUCAGCACAAGUGGAGACGAGCAAAGUGGACAAGAAACUACAACAACUGGUGGCUCAUCGUGCUCCACGACAGCAGGCGUCGCCGUGGGAGGUACUACUACACCUGCUCCCAAUUUGCAAGUUGGUGGGUCUUCUGGAUCUUCAUCGUCCUCCAGUGUAGCAACGUCAAAAAAUAAUACAACCUCGUCAACGCCACGAAGUGCCAGCACUUCGUCACGAGGACGCACGCCAAGGAACGGAUUUUCCUUGAGAACGAAACGAAUAGUGAACCAUCUGCGAAAGACGUUCAAAGAAGGAAGUUUUCAGAACAAAAUAACGUACCUUAUAUGGCAGGCGCCACUCAAUGAUGAGAACAAAGGUACUAUUAAGAGAACGUCGCUCUCGCUUCUUCAGCUCCUUCUAACUAGGUGGAAGGAAAAGUAGGAGCGACAGUCUCGUAAUAUCUUCGUCAUUGUUCUCAAUAAGUGGCAUAUCGUUCAUACCUCAAGAUGGUCGAUGCUCUGAUACGCGACAGUAGUGUCUCAAGGCGCUUCGUACACCUUUUUCUAGCUAGUCUAGCGGAUCUCGCGAGCGACCGCGUGAGGCAUGUGCGGUUGCAGUGGGCGUUACUAGUCGGCCCGCACCUGAAGCCAGGCAUAGGGAAAUGUAGCCAUCACAAGAAGCUCAUUGCAGCGGGCAGAAUACUACAGCAAGCGGCUUUAGGGGGUAGGCCUCCUGGUGGUGGAACAAAAAUGACAUCGUCUUCGAAUGUAGUUGAAUUCAAUCCACAUGGUCGUGGUGCUGGUGCUGACAGAAAUCAUGGCAAUAUUAAGGCUUCCCCUAAUCCAUCCCUGUAGACAUCCCUCAAACAUAUGCGCCCCAAUACAAGGGAGAUACUGACGCAUAUGCUUGAGGGAUUUCCACAGGGAUGAAUAGGGGAGGGCUCUAACAAUACUUCCUCUAGUACUUCACCAGCAAAAAUAAACAGAACUAGUGCAGGAGAUCGAGGUCACCAACAGAUCCAGAUGGUUCCAACUGGCGCGAGCAAGAAGAUGGUUGACGUCGAGAUGGCGAGGGUUUUAAACUUCACGCUGCCUAAUGACAGCGACCUGUGCGACCUGCCCAAGCACGUGUUAGAAGAGGAGUUCUCAGAUACAGAGUCUCUAAAUUUCUCAUCAUCGAGCAUGAUGAACUCUCCUGCGGCUAGUACUGCAUCAACUGCCAGUCUGCAAGCAACUACGACCUCCAUGACCAGUUCACAAAGCAGCAAAACCGGAGAUGGAGGUGCUUCUAAAGAACCUUUUUCAGUCGGACUCGAAGGAGAGAAAGCAAAUAAGUCGGCGAUUGGUGAACAAGGCGCUCCAACAGGCUCAUCGGAAGAUACUGCAAAAGUAGGAUCUGGAGCAAAGGAUACAACUUCGGUUGGUGAAGGUGGUGCAACAACAUCUUGUUCUGGUUCUGAUAGUUCUACCGUCGCACGACCUAGUACAACAGCUUCGUCCUCAAGAACGACGUCGACUUCUGCAGAUCUCACACCAACGUCAGGUCUCACACCAACACCCGCCCCAGCAUCAGAAGCAGUGACAAAUGAGAAUAACACAGAGAACACAAACUCAAACACCAGUAAACAAGGUGGAUCAGAUGGUAGUAGUGAUGACGACGAUGAGGAUCCAGAGGGUGCUGCAGCUGUCGACGCCGUUUUCGAAUCGAGCAAGCGAGAAGCGCAUAUCGAAGUGAAACCUGUUGAAAAUACAGACGAAGACGAAGGGGAAGAUUUUUUCACGUCUACUUCGGGUACAACACCAUCAAGUGGAGGAGUAAACAACAAUAUUAACGUUGACGAAGAUGUAGUUGGAGAUGGCAAGAGGACUAAAACAACUUCUACUUCUGCACUAGUAUCAUCCUCGUCACAACUUCUCAUGAUCGAUAAAAUCGAGAACGACGAGGAAAUGUUGCGUUCUUUAGCUGACAAGAAUAUUUCUUUAACGUCAUCAAAAGUACUGGGAAGUAGUAACGUUCCUGGAGGAAGUGCAAGUAGCAAGAACGACGAUAUUUUUGUUCAGGACUUCUUUGGGGAAAAACCUCCAGCUCCUAGCAAAACUGGUACUAUUACUAGUACAACUGCUAGUGCUAGUACAUCUUCAAAUUCUACUUCACCGGAUAGUGGUAGUACUAGCGGUGCUGCGGCCUUUUCCCUUACAUCAUCACUACGAACGGCUCCCGACGCAUUUAGGCUGAAACGGAGGGACGAGGAUCCAAGAAGAGGCGAGGCUAGUGGUGGCAGUCAAGAAACAUCAUCAGGAUCAUCAGGAAUGAGCGAAACUAGCACAAGUAGUUCUACAUUAGGAAGCUCGUCCACGACCGCCACAGCUCCCGUGGUGUCGUCGUCUUCCGAAGUAGAUUUGUCGAACAAGAACGAGAAACCACGACCACCGCCACCUCCCCCUCCAGGAGCGGGAGUGAAGCCGCCAUCAGCACCGAGACAGCCUUAUCACCUGAAAAAUAUGGUAGAGGUGGAAGCGUGGCCCGAAAAGAUAGACGUACCACUGCACGAACAGCCACAGUUUAGACGCGAACUCACGGUGCCGGAUCAACCGCUGCCGCCAAGUGCUUGGGACGCACAGAAAGAGAGGAGUAAAGGUUCUGCAUCAUUUGAGGAAGAGUGAAUCCUUGAUGAUGUUGAUGAGGUUGCGCUUGCGGUGCACUCUCAGGUGCUGGGUCAGGUGCUGGGUCGUCUCUCAACUCAUCUCAGGUGGGUCUAAUUAGAAGUCUCUACGGCUGCAGCUCUGUACGAAAAGAAAGAAAGUCUCAGGUGGGUCUAAUCGAAAGCUCAAAAUGACCGAGUAGCCAACUGAAAUAACAGAGUCAUUACGUUGCUCUUGUUUCAGUAUCUCGCUUGUUCUAAGUAGUUACUCGCUUACUUCAGUUUAUCGAAUAGAAGUCUCUACGGCUGCAGCUGCUCUCCGGAAAGAUAGCAACAGGGCCGCCCGGCGCGUGCAUCAUUUGAGGUGGAACAGGAAUAAUGAUUUUUGACCAUGCUUGUGCAGCGAAUCAUCAUCGUGUUAUAGAUGCUAUGGCUAAUGGUCGUACUACGUACCUACAUAUUCUUCAAGAACACAGGUUUGAAACAAAUCUUCGUGUUAGUCCUACAGUGUCAGUCUAACUCUAGUAAAUGUGAAGAAAACGUCGAGCGCGCACCACAUCAUGUACAACUAGUCGUUGUCUUUUAUCGAACAACAUAGAACCCAUGAUCUAUUCCGUCACCAUGUCGUGACAGGCAUUCAUCGUCAUGCUUUUUACAUCGUGUUACUUGUUAUGAUUCCUUGGGGCAAUCCACAUAAGCAUAAAAUAAUUCAUUGAUACAACCUCUAUUUUCUUUUCUUUUUGAUCUAGCCCAACGAUGAUCUUACAACUGGGUAGAACAGCAUAUCAACUAAGAAAGCAGCUGUGAAGAAGGUUUUCGGUAGUUACAGUUGUAAAGAAGAUUCCAGUUUUGAUAAACAAAGAAAUUAGUACUCUGUUUUUGCAGUCUCUGUUGUGGUCGCUCUGAAUUAGAUUGAUGAUGAUUCCUUAGGCUUAGUGUUAGAUUAUUUUCGCUGAAGAUUAUAUCGAUUUUUUCUUGUACAUUUCUCAUUUUUGUGUUGUUGAAACUCAUCUUAUGGUCGAAGAAAGCAAGGAUUAUCGAAGAUAUGCAAAUUUCGUAAUUUUAUAGAUAGAUUGACUCGUGAGUGAGAUAGGAUCAUUUGAAGGAAUAAAUAUGUUGCACGUGUUGUUCUAGGAAGAAGAAGUUCUUCAUGUCGUGCUACUACAACGGGAGUAGAUUACGUUACAACAACAAGAACUCAAGAACAACAGAAGUCUCAACAUGUACAUGAUCAUGCAAUAACGGAACAAACGCAAUAGAUAGAAAUAAGUAAGCCGAGUAAAAUAAACAUACUUUCAGAAGAACUACAGGGACGAGAUUGACUGAAAACCGAUGGUGAUGAUCUAUGUACAAGAAGACUGUAAGAAGAUGUCGAUUUUUUUUGUGGGGCAAAAUUGUCCUUCCAAGAACAUACAGCGUGAGCAUGAAGGUAGGAAAAUACUACAGACACCGGAUAGCACUGGGAUCGCCCUUCUCUGGCGAUCUUGGCAGCAUGUAGUCCUAUGGAAAAAAAAAACUUGGCAUACAAAAAAAGAGAUCCUUGAGCUUGAACUUGGACGAAAGGCGUGAG